AUGCCAUUUGCUCCGUUUGUAGGAGUUAACCACCAUGGACAGUCGAUUUUGCUUGGUUGUGGUCUAUUAUCUAGUGAAGACACUGAUACAUUUGUUUGGCUAUUCAAAUCAUGGUUAAAUUGCAUGUCAGAUCAUCCUCCAAAAGCUAUAAUAACUAAUCAGUGCAAAGCUAUGCAAAAGGCUAUAGAAAUAGUCUUCCCCAAUACUCGACAUCGAUGGUGUUUAUGGCAUAUCAUGAAGAAGAUUCCAGAGAAGUUGAAAGGGUAUUUCCAAUAUGAAUCCAUGAAGAUGGAUUUGCAAAAUGCAGUCUAUGACACUUUCACAAAAGAUGAAUUUGAGAUGAAAUGGAAAGAGAUGAUUGCAAAAUUCAAUCUUUAUGAGAAUCAGUGGUUGGGGGUGUUAUAUGAUGAGCGACAUCGAUGGGUUUCUGUCUAUGUCAAAGAUAUUUUUUGGGUAGAGAAAGAGAAGAAAGCUGACUUCAAGUCUCAGCACAAAGUCUUUGAUUGCCUAACUGUAUAUGGUUUUGAGAAACAAUUUCAAGAUGCGUACACCAAUGCAAAAUUCAAAGAAGUUCAAGCUGAGAUGAAGAGGCUAGUUUAUUGUCAACCGUUUCUUGUCAAAGAAGAGGGUUCAAUUUAUACAUAUUUUGUGAAGGAAGCCGUGGUAGUUUUUGGGAAGAUGAAACAUGUGGACUUUGUUGUCUAUUCUAAUUCGACAGAAUUUGAUGUGCAAUGUAUGUGCCGGUUGUUUGAAUUUAGGGGCAUCAUGUGUGCUCACUCACUCGUUGUGCUCAUUGCAAGAUGCAUAAAUGAGGUUCCAAAUAAAUACAUUCUACCACGAUGGAGAAAAAAUUUGGAUAGAGGGUACACAUGCAUAAAAACCACAUACAUUGGCUUUGGGGAUGAUUUCAAUGCAAAGGUGUAUGAUAAAAUGAAUAGAAAAUUGAUUGGCAUUGUACAAUUUGCUGGAAACUCUGAAGGGAAAAUAAAACUUAUUGACCGUGAGUUGGAUGAAAUCAAGGCGAAAGUGAUGAAAGAUGAUGAAGGUGGUGGGAGUAAUGUAGCAACUUCGACUAGUAAUGUACCACCUAUUACUAGUAAUGUCCCAUCUUCCCCGAUUGGCAGCAUUAAUAGAAAGGCAAUCAGUCAUACCAAGUUGCUUAGUUCUUUGGUUGCUCGCCGAAAAGGUCGUCCAGUUACUAAAAGAAAGGUCGCCAAAGUAGAUCAAAUAGUCAAUCGGUUGAAGGCAAGCAAAAUAAAACAUAACAAAUCAAAGGGUACUAAGAUGAUUGGAGGUGAAGGUGAAGGUCAAUGUCAAUCUCAACCUAAACGUAGUGCACGUAGAGAGCUUUAUCCUUAUAUGGGACACAUGGUCAAUGCUAUUGGAGGCACAUCUCUCACCCCGGCAAGUGUGGACAUUAUGAGAGGACAAAGUUUUAUUAAUGCCCCAACUCAAAUUUAUGGAGUUGGCACAUCUCUAACCCCGUCAAACUGUAUUGGAGGCACACUGGGAUUUAUGACAACUCAACAAUCCAUGGUUGCUACGCAUCAAAUUUAUUGA